CUGCCCCGGGGGCCGCUGCCCGCCCGGCGCUGAGGCGGGAUGGCCACCAAGCGCCUGGCCAGGCAGCUGGGGCUGGCGCGGAGCAGCGCGCGGGCGCGGAGCAGCGCGCGGGCGGCGGGACAGCGCUUCGGGUACCUGGUGGUGCUGGACUUCGAGGCCACGUGCUGGCGGGACGCGGGGCGCCGGCCCCCCGAGAUCGUUGAAUUCCCAGCAGUCCUGUUAAACACCUCAACGGGAGAGAUCGAGGCAGAGUUCCACACGUAUGUCCAGCCACAGGAGCAUCCUAUUCUCUCUGAGUUUUGUACAAAGCUGACUGGCAUCACGCAGAAUCAAGUUGAUGAAGGCGUCCCCCUUAACAUUUGUCUAUCACAGUUUUUGAAAUGGAUUCAAAAGAUACAAAAGGAGAAGAAAAUUAUAUUCAGUUCAGAUACUCCAAGUCAUUCUACUGCUGAGACAAAACCAUGCACCUUUGUUACUUGGACAGACUGGGACCUGGGGGUGUGUCUGCAGUAUGAGUGUAAAAGGAAGCAGCUGCGAAAACCUGACAUUUUAAAUUCCUGGAUUGAUCUCAAAGCUACAUACAGGGCCUUCUAUAAUAGGAAGCCUAAAGGGCUAAGUGGUGCUUUGCAGGAUUUGGGGAUAGCUUUUGCAGGACGGGAACAUUCUGGGUUGGAUGAUUCUCGGAAUACUGCCCGUCUUGCUUGGAGGCUGAUUUGUGAUGGAUGUGUGCUGAAGGUGACUAAAUCUUUGGAUAAGACUGCCCAGGCACAGCCGAAGAGUAAUUUAGUUUCCAGAACAUCGACCAUAAACUUCAUUGACAAGACUCCACUGGGAAGUAACAGGAGACCUGAAACAUCUAGAGAUGGAACUUGUGAAACAAACUAUCCAGCUGAGAAAAACCACAACAGUAUUGCUGGAAUGACAACAAAUUCUGAUGUACAAACUGAAGAACAUCAGACCACUUGUAGUGACUCCUCUGCACAUGUCCAUGCCAUGCCUAGCAGCAGCUCAAGGACUGAGUUAUGUGCCCAAGCCCAAGGCUCCUUAACAGCACCCACUGACAGACUUCCUGUUCCCCUGGAGCAGGCACAGCAGCCUCCCCAUCCUGUGCCAAGAGGCAUUUGGCAGGGCCUGGGCAGUGGGGCAGUGCUGGGCACUGCUGGACACAGCCCCUCAGCACCUGGGGUAAGAUUAGUGCUCGUCUCCACUACCAUCCCCUCAGUUAGUAUCUCCAGUGAGGACAUCAGUACUAGUUCUGAUUGCUUAUCUCUGCUGACUGACUGGGAAGAUGUUGCUUUAAUACCAGAAUCUCAAUACGAAAAAAAUUCAGACUGUGUUCAAUUCAAAGAUGACUCAAGUAUGGAUCGUGUAACAGUGUUGCAAAAGAAAACCAUUUCAAAACAAUUGGCUGUGAUGAGUGAAGAUAAUCAAAGUUUGGAGAACACUGCAAUACCUGAGGAACCUCUGAAAUCUAUCAUUUACAAAAGUCCCGAUACUACUAUCUAUAAUGUAGGAACAGUACAAAGGCAGAUUUCAAAUUCUUCAGCUUUUAAGUUACCAUCUGCAAAGGUAAAUCCUAUUUCAGCACAACCAGCAUUAACUGGAAAUCAUUCUACUCUUGAGGGUCCUAAAAGAAAGCCACCUAGUCCAAAAACACUCCCACCAGCCAAAAAACAGUCUUUUGCUAUAUAUCAAGAGAAAACUGCAUCUUUUGAUCAUUCCUUACCUUUAAGAAGUUCAAAUUUGCCCCAAGUUUCUCCUGCCAUUCUGAACUCCACAGUCAAUUUGAAUCAGUCUGUAAGAGCUGUGAAAAAUGGAAAACCAACUCCCCCUCUGUGUAACUGUGGUCGAAGAGCUAAAAAACUGUAUGUAUCAAAUCCUGGUCCAAAUCAUGGGAAAGCAUUUUUCUGUUGUCCUGUUGGCAGGCAUGAAGGUGGUAAGAAAGGUUGUGGAUACUUCAAGUGGGAAUACGUGCUUCUAAAAGAGAAAUCUAAUGGUCUCAUCCUGAAUGCAGAUGCUUUGAACUCGCUUGGAACUUAUGCUAGUAAAUUAGGGAAUUCUUCCAACAAAAAAUAUUUGUGUCUUAGACCCUCUAUGAGAACUUGAAAACUGGUGAUUUUUUUUUUGUCUUAAUCUUAAACUCAGUAAGUUGAUCAUGCUUAACAUGAUCAGGACAGCAAAAUGAUGUCAGAUAAAUGUUCUGAGAAUGGGACAAAAAUAACACUGGUUAACAUAGAGAGGAAAUGAAAAUUGCUCAAGCAUACAAAAAUAUCAAUAUAUCCUAAAGUAUCUCAUUAAUGAAGUGUGAGACAACAGAUUAAACUAUUAAGUGCUAAAGCAUAAGCAGCUGCUGCAACAAAUAUAAAUUUCUGCUGCAAGAUGUAUUUUAAAUUCUUUACUAGUCCAGCUCUUAAAGAACAUUUUAAUGAUAUAGAUUUUAUUUACACUUUUUUCUAAAUAUACUUGUAAUUGUAACUAACUUUUAAAAAUGCAUUUAGAAGGUGUCGCACUUCUCCAAAAUUAUUCUUGAAGCAAUACUGUUCUUUUAAACUCUUACUGGUUUGUUAUCUUUUG